AUGUCGUUCCGUUUCCCGGCUUUGUUGGCGCUGGUGUGCGCGCUGCUGGGCGCGCUCGCGCCAGCCGCCCAUGGCGCAGACGAGUGCAUCCCGGCGGGACAGUUCGACCCUGAUGUCGACCUGUUUCCCGCGGGCACCAGGACGACUGCCGCCGACGACAACUGGAUGAGCGAGGAAGCGACGGUGACGUUCGCCAAUCAGUUCCAGGUGCAGUACAAGAACUACUACAAGGUCGUGAACAACAUUGAGGCCAAGGAGCAGUACAUCCUGUGGCAGUGCGGCUCCCAAGUCCCGCCGUCGGGCGAACUCACCACCGCGCUGACCCAGGCGAAUACCACCUUCGGGAUCCAAACCCAGAAGGUGUUUCAGAUUCCCCUGAAGCGCGUCGCUGCCGAGUCGACUGUCUCCCUCACCUUCCUCGAGAUCCUCGGCGUGUGGGACCGCCUCUGGCACAUCCCGUCCUGGGCGGCCUCGCCGUGCCUCCAGGCUGCCGUCAGCAGCGACUCGUGCACUGCGGGGGGCAACGCCGUUGCGCUGGGGUCGUCCUUCUCGUCGCCGGACCUGCGUGCGGCGCAAGUGGGCAACGUGUCGGCGAUUUUCACGGACGUGGCGGACGCGUCGAACGCCAAGGCCGUGGUGUUCAGCGGCUCGCAGGACCCUGGGUCGCUGAACCGCAUGGAGUGGAUCAAGUUCGUGGCGACGUUCUUCAACCAGGAGCGGUCCGCGGUGUCGCACUUCAACCGCGUCAGGGGUGAGUACGAGGUCCACGUCAGUCAGGCGGCGUCUGCGGCGGCGGCCGGGUCGAAGAAGACCGUCGCCUGGGUGGGCUACACGGGUCCGUUCUUCGGCGACACGUACUACCUGUCGUACGCGGCGUUUAAGAUGGACCACAUCACGGACGCGGGCGGGGCGGCGGUGUCGAAGGACGCGGUGCUGGCGGCGGCGACGAACGCGACGGACGACGCGGGGCUGCAGCAGGUGCUGUUCAAGGCGUCGGACUACGGGGGCGCGCGUGAGGCGGCGCACGCGCUGCUGGCGGCGAUCAAGGACGUGGACGUGGUGGUGGACGAGGCGUACUCGGGGUACGGGGUGGCGGCGGCGACGUUUGGGGUGUCGGACACGGUGAACUACGACUUCGGCGUGGCGUACCGGCUGAACGCGACGACGGACGGGGCGUUGGUGUCGUCGCUGCGCUUCUUGCAGGCGGGGGGCGCGGUGUACCGGCUGGACGCGACGGUGUCGGAGGGGAACGGGCUGGACUGGUUUGAGAGUGCGCUGCCGCACCCGAACCGGGUGAUGCGGGACUUUUUGUGGGCGCUGCAGCCGGGGGCGCUGGAGGGGGCGGCGACGUACAAGCCGCACUACCUGCGGAAGAUCGCGCCGGGGGCGGCGGGGUCGCCCACCAUCAUGCGCAGCUCCGACUGCCCGACGGGCGGGCUCCCGGUCUGCUCGGGCGUGCAGCCCUCGGUCCUGUGCGCCACGUGGGACUUCCGCACGUGCCCCGACGGCACCCGCGUGUGGCGCGAGGGGGAGGAGUGCCUGUACUACGGGCAGUGCUCAGUCGAGUGCGUCUCGGUGUUCCGGCCGACGACGAACUACUUCCCGGACGGCUCGCAGGCCUCGGGGUCGGGCUCCGAGAUCGUGUCGUCCGCGCAGACGGUCCAGUUUGCGGACCAGUUUGCCAUCAGCUACCACUCUUACUACAAGGUGGUCACGCAGAUCGAGUCGGGCGAGCAGUACGUCCUGUGGCAGUGCGGAACGAAGGAGCCGUCGCAGACAGAGCUCCAGACGCACCUGUCGGACGCGCAGGCCACGUACAACAAGACACUGGUCCAGAAGGUGUUCCGGAUCCCCCUGAGCAAGGUCUCCACGGAGUCGACCGUGUCCCUGAGCUUCCUGGACGUCCUCGGCCUCGACGACCGCAUCUUCCACUUCGCCUCGUGGACCACGUCGGCCUGCUUCCAAGACGCGCUGCAGCGCCACGAGCAGGGCUCGUGCGGGUCCCGGGCGCUGCCGCUCGCGCUGUCGUCGGACGCCGAGGUCAAGGCCCGGCAGGUCGACGCGACGGACGCCUUCAUGGCGGACUACCCCGGCACCGACGCGAAGCAUGUGGCGUUCACUGGUUCGAAGGACCCGGGCACGCUGAACCGCAUGGAGUGGAUCAAGUUCAUCGCCGCGUUCUUCAACAAGGAGCGCGACGCGAACGUGCACUUCGACAAGGUCGCCUCCGAGUACGCCGAGCACAAGCGGGACGCCGAGGCGGCGGCGGCGGCGGCCGGGUCGAAGAAGACCGUCGCCUGGGUGGGCUACACGGGUCCGUUCUUCGGCGACACGUACUACCUGUCGUACGCGGCGUUUAAGAUGGACCACAUCACGGACGCGGGCGGGGCGGCGGUGUCGAAGGACGCGGUGCUGGCGGCGGCGACGAACGCGACGGACGACGCGGGGCUGCAGCAGGUGCUGUUCAAGGCGUCGGACUACGGGGGCGCGCGUGAGGCGGCGCACGCGCUGCUGGCGGCGAUCAAGGACGUGGACGUGGUGGUGGACGAGGCGUACUCGGGGUACGGGGUGGCGGCGGCGACGUUUGGGGUGUCGGACACGGUGAACUACGACUUCGGCGUGGCGUACCGGCUGAACGCGACGACGGACGGGGCGUUGGUGUCGUCGCUGCGCUUCUUGCAGGCGGGGGGCGCGGUGUACCGGCUGGACGCGACGGUGUCGGAGGGGAACGGGCUGGACUGGUUUGAGAGUGCGCUGCCGCACCCGAACCGGGUGAUGCGGGACUUUUUGUGGGCGCUGCAGCCGGGGGCGCUAGAGGGGGCGGCGACGUACAAGCCGCACUACCUGCGGAAGAUCGCGCCGGGGGCGGCGGGGUCGCCCGCCAUCAUCACCGCGUCAUCCUGCCCCAACCCAGGCGGCCUUGCCGUGUGCACCAACGACCCCUCGGCCGUGUGCCCGGCCUGGAUGUUCCGACAGUGCCCGGACGGCACCAUCAAGUUCCUCAUCGCCCCGGCCUGCACCGAGUACGAGGCAUGCCCAACAACGGCACCCCUGCCCACCCAGGCGGGGCUUCCAGCCGCCGUCCCGACCGCCGCGCCCGUGACGACCGCGCCGGUGUCCGCGUUCCGCGUCUCGUUCGAGCUCACGGUCGCCGUGGAGGAGCAGCAGCUGGAGCAGGCGCGGUCCGCCAUUGUUGCGACAGCGUCUGACAAGGCCGGCGUGCCUGAGUCAGCCGUGUCGGUCGAGAUGACCCCUGUGCGGCGGGCGCUGCUCGCGACGAGGAGCUACCGCACGGUCGUGUCCAUCAACGCGGCUAGCCAGGGCGAGGCGACCCGGGUGUCUAGAACGAUGGAAGCGCAGACGUCCUCGGGGCUCCUGAGCACCGACGUCAUCACGGAAAUGGAGCGGAGGGGUGUGUUCGGGGCCACGGUCACCGUCGUGCGCAGCCCCACCAUCGGCGACGGCGCCGGCAUCCCCAACACGGCUGCCACUGCGCGCGCGUGUGUGCUGCUGUCGCUGUGCGCCAUCAUCGCUGCUGUGGUGGUGUAG